AUGAUGGACGACACCACGUGCAACUGUCAGUGGUGCAUGCUGUUCGGGAAGAAGGAGGAAGCGCUUCCGUCGUGCGACACCACCUUCCUUGUUCCUAUCAGCUACAUGGACGACGAUGCCCUCAACAAGCUGGUCGACUGGGAAACGGCUGAGAACCUGCCCCAGAGCCUGGCGGAGCAGUUCCCUUCCAACCUCAUCCCGCUCCGAACCACCGGCGACGGCAACUGCCUCCUCCACGCCAUCUCCCGCGCCCUCUUUGGCGUUGAGGUGUUCAACGAGCUGCUGCGCAAGCGCAUGCACGAGGAGCUGCGGGCGAACGCGGAGUGGUACUGCAAGGUGGCUCCGCAGUUCGGGGAGGAGGACUGGAAGCGCAUCCUGGACAACGCCGGCAAGUCGGGGUCCUACCUGGAGUUCAUGCACAUCUUCGCCCUGUCCAACGUGAUCGCGCGGCCCAUCGUCAUCUACGCCAACGACGGCGAUAUGGACAAGUUCGGCCAGGGCGAGUCGGGCGUGGCGGCCACCUUUGUGCCGUCGCGCGUGGGCCGCGCCAGGUGCCGGCACCGGCCGCUGAUCCUGGCCUGGCAGAGCCGCGCCAAGAACCACUACGUGCCGCUGGUCCAGAUCGCCGACCGCGAUGCGGUCCAGUGGCCCGCGCUCGCGCCCGCCUUCCCCAAUUCGCUCGCCGCCGGGGAGACCUACGCCGACUACCUCCAUUUCGACGCGCCCGUUAUCGACCCGCCGCUGCUCAAGAAGCUCGAGGAGCAGCGCAUCGAGCGCCAGAAGAAGGAGGAGCUCAUCCAGCUCAUGUCCCGCGCCUUCACCGGGCAAGCCGCCAAGAGCCCCCGAGGGAAGGGGAAGGAGAAGAAGCUGGACGAUGAAGAUGAAAUGGACGAAGAAGAGGAGGGAGAGUACGGCGAAGACAGCACCAGAGAUCAGCGAGAGGCGCUGACCCAACUCAAGAAGUACAUCGAGUACGCUUGCCUCCCACAUCUCAAAUGA